AGGACCAAACAAGCAGCAGCAUCCUUGCGCGCCCAGCAUCUCCGUGAUAAAAGAUAAGAUGGCCACCUCCUCCUCAUCCAAUCUUGAAGAAGACGAAAGUCUAAAAGGCUGCGAGGUUUUUGUGCAGAAACACAACAUACAGCAGAUCCUGAAAGAGUGCAUCGUCAACUUGUGCAUCGCCAAGCCCGAGCGGCCCAUGAAGUUCCUGCGGGAACACUUUGAGAAGCUGGAGAAGGAAGAAUGCAAGCAGAUCAUGGCCCGUCAGAAGUCCAACUCACAAUCGGAUUCUCAUGAUGAUGAAGUUUCUCCUCCUCCUCCAAACCCGGUGGUGAAGGCCCGGCGCCGCAGAGGUGGUGUCAGUGCUGAGGUCUACACGGAGGAGGAUGCAGUCAGCUAUGUCAGAAAGGUCAUUCCAAAAGACUACAAGACAAUGACGGCCCUGGCCAAAGCCAUCUCUAAGAACGUGCUCUUUGCCCACCUGGAUGACAAUGAGAGAAGUGACAUAUUUGAUGCCAUGUUUCCAGUCACACAUAUAGCUGGGGAGACAGUAAUCCAGCAAGGUGACGAAGGAGACAACUUCUAUGUGAUUGAUCAGGGAGAAGUUGACGUAUAUGUAAACGGUGAAUGGGUGACCAGUAUUGGAGAGGGUGGAAGUUUUGGAGAGUUGGCUCUGAUAUACGGAACUCCACGAGCUGCUACUGUUAAAGCUAAGACUGACAUGAAACUGUGGGGCAUAGACAGAGACAGCUACCGCCGCAUUCUAAUGGGAAGCACGUUGAGGAAGAGGAAGAUGUACGAAGAGUUUCUCAGUAAGGUGUCUAUACUUGAAUCUCUUGAUAAGUGGGAGAGGUUGACCGUGGCUGAUGCCCUGGAGCCUGUGCAGUUUGAAGAUGGAGAGAAGAUUGUGGUUCAAGGGGAACCAGGAGAUGACUUCUUCAUUAUAACAGAGGGUACAGCGUCUGUCCUGCAACGUCGCUCUGAUAAUGAGGAAUAUGUUGAAGUGGGCCGUCUGGGGCCGUCGGAUUACUUUGGUGAGAUAGCCCUGUUGCUGAACAGACCUCGUGCGGCUACGGUUGUGGCUCGAGGUCCGCUCAAGUGUGUGAAACUUGACCGGCCCCGUUUCGAGCGCGUUCUCGGCCCCUGCUCUGAGAUCCUCAAGAGGAACAUCCAGAGAUACAACAGCUUCAUUUCUCUUACAGUCUAACUCGACCAUCUGACGUGUGUCGAGAGGUUUAAGACCUCCGUCAGGUGAUUUGAGUGCCUGGUUGCAUAAAACAAAUUAUGACGUAAUUCGUCAUUUUUCAUAGAAGGAUAGUUCACCCAAAACUGAACGUUCUGUGAUCAUUUAUUCACCCUCAUGGGUUUGGAUUAAAACGAGGAUGAGUAAAAUGAUGACAGAAUUUUCAUUUUGGGUGAACUAUCCCUUUAAACUGUUAUCCUAACUAUAGAAGAGUUGCUUUAAACAUAGGCGACCCCCUAUUUUUAUUAGAAAUAUACAAGUAGUAUCGAAGUGCUUUUACGCAGUCAAGAAUUUAUUUUUUUCAGUUUUUGCAAGAAGCACAAGUGACUACCUUUCUGCUAUUUAUCCUUGCGAUUUCCUUUUUAUGUGCACUUUGAAUUAAUCUAUGCUAUCGCAGAGCUUUAUUUCUACAGAUAAAGAGAGGAAAUGAUGUGCCCAAACAGACUGAUAUUUAACCAUCAUCAUGUGGCAUGUGUAUAUGUUCAAUAACAUGUAAUGCAUGCAGACCAGAAAUACAUUUUGUACACUUGCCAUUCAAGUUCAGCUUAUAUGACUAUUCAAAUGAUUGAAAAAGAGGGUGAUAUUACAGAUGGCACAAGUAUAUGUAUAUGUAUACGUUUACAUAGCGGAGAGAGUGUUUUUAGCUUUUUGCCUUUUAGAUGUGUGUGUGUGCAAUUUAAUAUGUAAUUCUGUAUCAGGCAGUUUGCAGAUUUGAUCAUGAGCUCUGACACUGUGAUGCCGAACUAUGUGUGGGUGAAUCCCACAAAACCUGGCAAGAACAUGUCCGGACUAUAUUUAACCCCAAAAUCAAAAUAAUUAAAUACAAAAUUAUAUUGUGACAUUAUUUUCAUGGCAGUAAAGCACAUUUACCCAUCCCCUUGUCAUUAACGUAAUGCAAAAAUGACAAUUAUAUAUUAAUGUGACGGGGGGAGGGCGGGGCCGGGUCGUGAUUAUACACAUGACGGGCAGCUGACCGUAAACGAUCUCUCUCGUCGCACCACCUCGUGGUCGUCCUUUAUCCCUCUCAGAGGCUUAAUUUCUUAAAUUGUUAAGUGUUUAUAAAUCAUGAUAGUAUUUGUUGUACUGUUUAAUUUAUACUGAUUUUAAGAUAUAUCUUUGUAUUACAGUAAUUUUUUACCAUGAAUCUAAUGAGAAUUAAUAAGAAUCACCAUUGAAAAUAUUGAUAAUGCAUAGAAAAACUCAAAUCGCAUUACGAUAAUGAGAAUGUGGGUGGAAAAUGUAGUUAAUUGCCUUGAAAUAAUGUCACAAUACAAAAAACAUCAAUGGUCCUAAAAAUUCGCUUUAUUUUCUUAACCGCUUAAACUCUGGCGGGUCCAAAAGGGGACGCUAUAUCGUUAAAAAAAGUCCCCGUGUACAUAAGUCAGGCAUAUGUGGUAUCGUUGAAAGCUUACAAUCUGAACUUUUCAUAGAUAACCAUCUCUGCUGCUUUUAUGUUACAUAAAAUAACAAAACAAGGCCUUAAAACAUCUGCUUCGCAGAUAAGCGCCACCUAGUGGUAAUGUGGCUGAAAUGUUCAUAUUAAUAUAAAAGUCUUUAAAAUAGCAUUUAAAUGGACACAUCAUAUAUCAAAUGAAAGCUCUCAAUCUCAGGAACGUGGCUGUACAGUUUAUUGUGUUGCACUAAUACCAUAGUUUAAAGGAUUUUCAUAAGAAUUACAAAGUGAAAUAUGAUGUUUGUAAGACAUCAAAUACAAACGUCUCUUUUAUGCACCGAUAACUGCUGAUGUAAGCCGCAAAUAGCUAAAACGUAAUAUCUGCUUUUACCAUAGGAGUUUCUCUAAGACAUGAGCCAUUUGUUUACUUGUCUGUGAGCUUGCUUGUGUGAAUAUUCUUAUGUUAUGUCUUAGAUGUCCAGAACUAAAUAUACAGUGCUGCUGAAAAUGCAUGUUAAACGAAUCAUCAGAAAUAUAUAUUAUUAAUGAUAAAAUGUUGUUCAUCAUUGCAAAGCGGAGGAUCUCAGCUUUCUAUUGACACCUAGAUUGAGCUUCUAGUCCACUCAGAGGCCAAGAUUUUCAAUGAAACAUUGGGGGUGGUGCAUGAACUGAUAAUUAGACUGAAUGUCUAUGGACGGACAUAUCUGCAAUGGCUAAAAUGUGUUAUAGCGCCACCUACAUUUCAGCCAUUUUGAAGGUGAUAGAUGAACAAUUCUUUUGUCUAGUACUUCCUGCCAUCUAGUGGAAUAAAAUAAGACUAUUUUGAGGGAGAUCCAAAAUUAAAUGCUAACAAUGUUAGGGCUAGUUUGUUUUUCAGUAUAAACACAUACAAUAUCCAUCCAUCCAUCUUCAACCGCUUAUCCGAAGUCGGGUUGCGGGGGCAGCUGCUCCAGCAGGGGGCCCCAAACUUCCCUAUCCCGAGCCACAUUAACCAGCUCUGACUGGGGGACCCCGAGGUGUUCCCAGGCCAGUUUGGAGAUGUAAUCUCUCCACCUAAUCCUGGGUCUUCUCCGAGGCCUCCUCCCAGCUGGACGUGCCUGAAACACCUCCCUAGGGAGGCGGCCAGGGGGCAUCCUUACCAGAUGCCCAAACCACCUCAACUGACUCCUUUCAACGCAAAGGAGCAGCGGCUCUACUCCGAGCUCCUCACGGAUGACUGAGCUCCUCACCCUAUCUCUAAGGGAGAAGCCCGCCACCCUUCUGAGGAAGCCCAUUUCGGCCGCUUGUGCUCGUGACCUAGUUUUUUCGGUCAUGACCCAGCCUUCAUGACCAUAGGUGAGGGUAGGAACAAAAAUUGACCGGUAGAUCAAGAGCUUUGCCUUCCGGCUCAGCUCUCUUUUCGUGACAACCCAGUACUCCGGCCAACCUCCCGCUCCAUUGUCCACUUACUCGUGAACAAGACCCCGAGGUACUUGAACUCCUUCACUUGGGGCAAUACCUCCUUCCCUACCUGGAGUACAUACAAUAUCACUUAUGAAUAAUUGGGUUCUUUUAUUAUUUAUUUUGGGGAUUCUCUGAAAAUUAUGACCAAUUUUUUGUAAUUAUUCCACAGUAUGUGUAAAUGGUGAGCUUUUAAUUUUGAGUGUGAAAAAUUGCUUGCGGCCGCCCAAAAAAUGCUUCAGUGUUGAAGAAAAGACCCGGAUAUGUUUUUGUGAGAUUCACCCGUUUACUGAAUAUAAAUUUUUGCUAAAUUUAUCUUGGCUGUUCCAUCACCCUUAAAGUUAUCUGGCAUUGUGCUUCUACCACUGAAAUUAAUGGGAAGGGGGUUUGUUACAUUUUAAGACACACGUUUUAAUAAAGAAUGGAUAUGAAAGGGGCUUUUAUGGGAAUCUCGCUCAAGCUCAAGAUGUGUUGUAAAAGUUUAUUUGUUUUUGGAAUUGUAUUAAACACAAAUGCUCAUACACACACUCUUACUGUACAUGCAGAGGCCAUGACACGUUUACUUUAGAUGGUACUAUAAUGGAUACUUUCCAAAAUGUAAUUAAAUGGAUAAAUAGCUAGCAAGCUGCCUACCUAAACAGCAUUUCUAGGCAUCAUUGGCACAUUUGAAAUGUUUGAAAUUUGCCUAUGAUGCACAAAACCGCUGUCGAGGUAGCUAACAAUGUUUGGAAACACAGCCAUUGUAUGUUUCUUGUUAUUUAGCAAUAGGGUGGGUUUUUGCAGUUACAUUUAUUCAAAUGAAUGACUUUGAGGAGAUUUGAAUGAAUUUGGGAGAUUGUGCAUGCUUUGUUUCAAGGUUUUACAAACUUUAACACACACACACUGAACUUUACACACAUCCUGUCAUUCUAAUCUUUAGACCAAUAAAGAAAAGCUUCUGA